CCCACCCUAUCUGUGGCGAGGGGAAGAGGACAGAAGAAGCAAAGUAUUUCCUUUUCUAUUUGCAUGAAUGUGUAGUUGCAAACAAAUGGAUGACAAAGCAAAAGGAAUAACACCAGGGUGAUGCUGAUGACAAAGGACAAAAUAGUGGUCCGAGGAUAACUUUGGAUUCGAGACGCUUUGUGAUAACACGGUGUCAUGACGGAACACUUUCCCACGGAAAAAAAAGAUACACCCAUCUCGAAGUUGUAAGGAAAGUACAAUUCCGGAGUUUUUUCCUUUACGGGUGCAGCCAAAGACUGGGAGUAUGGAAUAAGAUCCAAAGGGAAAAACGGCAAUUCCACAGAGGAGCGGCAUUUUUUUUCAACAGGAAACACUCCCAGAAAAGUAUAACGGAGUAAAUGUUUUUGGGUGGACGCACUUACCUACAGGAUUUGAGGAGCUAGAAUAACACUCGAUAAGUAAAACGGCCCAGUAAAAAUGUUAUUCGGGUGAAGAAGUUGGUGAAAUCGCCAGGGAAGCCCAAUGAGUGGGACGCAGUCAACACUCACUGAUAGGACUCCGAGCAUUCUCAACAAGGAGCCGACAGAGAGGAAAGCAAAGAAUGACAAAUCCUCCGUCUCGCUCAAACAGGAGUUUGAUCCCACCGGCCUUGUCCAGCGAUGUGUGAUAAUCCAGAGAGAUGAAAAUGGAUUUGGGCUGACAGUGAGUGGAGACAACCCUGUGUUUGUGCAGCUGGUCAAGGAAGAUGGAGCUGCAAUGCGAGCGGGUGUCCAGACAGGAGAUCGAAUCAUUAAGGUUAACGGGACCUUAGUCACACAAUCCAACCACAUAGAGGUCGUAAAGCUUAUAAAAUCCGGCUCCUAUGUAGCCCUCACAGUGCUGGGCAGACCUCCAGGUCUUCCUCAGAUCCACCUGGAGGAACAUGAUGAUGAGGAGGAGGAGCAUGAGAAGGACGAGGGAGAAGAGGAGGGAAACGCUAACCAGAUGGUGCAGAAGUCACCUGGAGGGCAGCGACACUGCAGCGCCCCCUGCAGCCCUGAGGCACACCCUGCCUCUCUUCUGCCUGAUGGGGUAACCCAAGUUUGUGCUUUCCAGGAUGGAGCCACAGUGUCUUGGAUGACGGAGGCUGAAGAGGGGGACCAUGGUGUGUCCUCACCCAGUGACACUCCUAACGAGGGCCUUUGUGCUAAUAACAACACACAGUUGAGCGGCGGCGGCCCAGGCCCUGUCCUCCCUGAGACAGGAGAAAUGCCCCGUCAGAGCUCCGACGACAGCCGCCGAGAUGGCCUCAACUCCUGCUCGUCGCCCGAUGCCGAGGAUGCCCCCGACAAAGACACCAGUGCCCAGUGCAUUGUGGUUGGCCCUCCAUACCUCCUCCACCCCCAAAUUAUCGGAGCAGAAGAUGACUACUUUGACUCGCAGCAGGAGCAGAUUAACGGGCAGUGCAGCUGUUUCCAGAGCAUCGACUUGCUGAAGUGUCGGCCCGCUCACCUCGCCGUCUUCCUCCAUCAUGUGGUCUCCCAGUUUGACCCCGCCCCUCUGCUGUGUUUUCUCUACGCCGACAUACACAAGCAAACAAGCUCCAAAGAAAAUCGACGCUUCUUUAUGGAAUUUCACUCCCUCUUCAUGGAUCGCACAGCUAAUCUUAAAGUCCCAGUUCCAGAUGCAGUCGCAGCCGAACUUGAGAAGCGCAGGCUGGAGUUAAUCCCAGAGGAGGUGUGCAAACAGUACACACAAACCCUACAGGACUCGCUGCUAACAGACCUCCACAAGAACCUGGACGACUUCAGACAGAAGCGCAGCAUGGGACUGACACUGGCUGAGGACGAGCUGUCCAAAAUAGACUCAGACAACGGAGGAAAAGACCCAGUGGCCUGGGAGAGAGAAUGCUCCUGUGCCGAACACAUUCUCUCCAAGAUUGAGGACAUCUUGUUCACGUCGCAGCCCACCGAGGAGGACAAGUGCCAAACCAUGCAGUAUGUCAUUCUCACCUACAUGAAGCACCUUGGAGUGAAAGUGAAAGAGCCUCGUGGCUUGGAGCAGAAAAGAGCGCGUAUCAAUUUCCUACCCAAGAUUAAGAAGAGUAUCAAGCCUGAGAAGGAAGGUGAGGAGAAGGUGAGGAAGCCUCGUUUUCCCAACAUCCUCGUUCCUCCGCGCCGCCUCAGCAGAGUGGACUCCACCUCGGUCGGCAAGGCCGUGGAGGUGAACAAGCAGCGUUCACCAAAGCUCCUCUCCCAGGCAGCCUUUGGCAUCCCUGAGCCUCCAGACUUGUCUCCUUCAAAUUCUGGACGCAUCCGUGGGAAUCAGCUCAGCGAGGGAUCGGACACCGGCAGCCACGUUUCGCCUUUCGCCUCGUCCACGCACAGCUCCCCUACCGCUUUGACCUCAGACACCAGCGGACAAGACUCAGACACCAAUGUGUCUCCUUUCUCCUUCCAGCCGCGAUUGGGCGAGGUUCUGGCAUCCAGCGACCACCAGGAUGGUGUCUCCAGCCCGACAAGCACUCAGUUUGACUUCAGCCCUUCUAACCUAGAACACUUGCAGGAGGAAGGAGACCAGGACACUUUCAGGAUGGAGGUGCAGUGUGCGGUGAGCACGGCUGAUGUCCAGAGCGAGGAUGACCAGGUGUGCGAGGCCGAGAGCGAGGAGGACCCUUUGAACUGGCAAAGCCUGGUCAGCCGCGACGUGCUGGCCAGCCUGACGGCGCAGGAGAUAAAGAGACAAGAGGUUAUCAACGAGCUGUUUUACACCGAGCGGGCGCAUCUGCGCAUGCUCAAAGUGCUGGAUGGCGUUUUCUACCAGAGGUUGAGCAGAGAUGCCGUUCUCCCUGCAGAGGACAUCAAGAACAUCUUCACCAACCUGGAGGAGAUCAUUCAGCUGCACGUUUCCUUAACGGAGCAAAUGGCAGCAAUCAGGAAGAGGAGUGAGACAUCUGUCAUCGGUCAGAUUGGAGAGGAUCUCUUGGCUUGGUUCAGCGGCGAGGAAGAGGAGAAGAUAAAAAGAGCAGUGGCCACUUUCUGCAGCAACCAGCCAUCUGCAUUGGAGCUCAUCAAGACCAAGAAGAAGAAAGACCAGAGGUUUACUUUGUUCAUGCGGGAGGCUGAGAGAAACCGCCUCUGUCGCCGGCUGCAGCUCAAAGACAUCAUCCCUGUGGAAAUGCAGCGAGCAACCAAGUACCCACUUCUGCUGGAGAAGAUUGCCAAGUACACGGAGGGCGACGAGGAGGACGCGGACAAGGUAAGAAAAGCCGGGGAAUGCUGCAAGCAGAUCCUCAACCACGUCAACCAAGUCGUCAAAGAGGCUGAGAACAAGCAGAGGUUGGUGGAUUAUCAGAGAAGGCUGGAUAUCUCGUCACUGAAACCCAACGAGAACCCACUCAUCCUGGAGCUGAGGAAUCUGGACCUCACCAAGAGGACGAUGGUCCACGAGGGACCGCUCUCCUGGAAAGUCAACAAGGACAAAAAAAUUGACCUCUAUACGCUCCUUCUGGAGGACAUUCUGGUUCUGCUCCAAAAGCAGGACGAGCGUCUGCUGCUCAAGUUCCACAGCAAGAACGUGGCCAGCGUCGCCGACACCAAACUCACCUUCAGCCCCGUCAUCAAACUCAACACCGUGCUGGUCCGACCUGUCGCCACCAACAAAGAGUCCUUCUUUGUGCUGUCCAUGUCGGACAACGGGGCUCAGAUCUACGAGCUGACGGCUCAGAGCGUGUCCGACCAGAGAACGUGGCAGUGUCUGAUCACACAAUGCGCCGACGCCAUGAAGGCCAAAUCGCACAGCAGCGACGCACCUCCAACUCCAUCUGAGGGUGUGCAGGAUGCCAUUGAGAUCAUCAACUGUGGGAUGGAGAAAUCGAACAAAGAUGGCAACGAACCCUCAGAGUCUUCAGACAUCCAAGCUCCUCCUACAACUCUCAGGAGUCCUUUCGAUGGCAUGAAGUCAGAGGACGAGGAGGAGGUGGAAGUGGAGGCGGAGGAGCCGUCUGUUGUGGAAAGACAGGAAGAAGAGGAAGAAGAAGUGGAGGUGGAUGAGGAGGAACUAGAGGCCUUCCUGGACGGUCACCUGGGCGACAGGUUAUCCUUCCUGCAGGAGGGCUGUCGUCAAGGCAUCGCCGUAGAGAGCGGAGAGGGCGAGAUGUUUGCGUCUCCACCCUCCAAAGCUGAAGAAGCUCUGAGGACAUUGGUGAUGCUGAAGCAGGUUCUUUUCAACCACCUGAUGGCCAGUGAGGCCAAAGAGGUCACAGAGGAGAAUAGUGAAGGUCCUGGGUGUCAGAUGACUUCCUCUCCAGAGACCCCCAAAUGUCCCUCAGCUGGGCUUGAAGAGGGCGGAGCUUGUGAAAGCUCACAAAAAGAUGACACUCAAACUGAGCGCAAUGGUGGCUUUGUGGUUCUGGAUCCAGGCGGGGCCUCCGAGGACGACGACGGCGAAGACACGAGGAUCGACAUGAGCAAGCUGCUGUCCUCCUCCUCGCAGACAGACGGCGGCGGACCCAACCUCAGCCGCCAGCUCAUGACCCACCUGCGCCUCCUGCAGGCCGACCUGCAGUACCUCAAGGAAGUGGAGAUGAAGUACAAGCAGCUGCAAAGGACACUGACUGACACGCCAACAGACUCGGACAAUGAUGGCAUUCAGUGACGACAGGCUUCCCGUUAUCAUCAGAAGGACUUGAAGGCAUCACAGAGCAAACACUGAAGAUGGUGGCGUAUUCUUCCAAUCACACUGGACAUACGACGGAGGUCACAUAUGACCCUCUUGGACUCAAACAGAGCGUUGACAACCUCCUAGGCGGAUGUUUUCGUCUUGUUGUUGUGAGUCUCUAAAAGCUUCGCGUGCUUUGCUUCUCUUGCUUCGGGUACACCAGAACAACUCGUCACACUCACAGGCCGCAAGACUGCACACAUCUCAUUAAGGAAUAAAAUAUCAUUAAAAAAAAAAUAUAUAUAUAUAUAUAUAUAAAUAUAUAUAAACACAAAGGAUUGUUAAAACUCUUAAUUGUAAAUUAACUUAAUGUACAAUUCUGACUGUAUAUCAAAGGUUUGUAACUGUUUUUUUUAUACACAAAGAACAUUUAAUGAUGUGUAUUCCUGCAGUAUUAACCUUAGUUCCAAUUUGACUGCAAUGAUUUUAACCCUGUUAAUUAACACAAUGGAUAUUUAACGCUUAUUGGUAUUGUAGGAAAGAUCUUUUUAGAUUUGAAUGACGUCAUGGUAUUUAUUUGUUUAAAGGCUCCGCCCACAGCUGUCAAAUCCGCAAUGUACGUGUACGUCUCCUGUCAAAUAAAACGAUAAGCACAUCUUUUUGUAGCAAGAGUGUUGCAUGCUCAGGGAUGGCUGAUACUGUAUGUACGGUAUCUAUCGACAGGUCAUUCUAUUCAAUCAAUCGUUCACCGUUCUCAUUCCUUUCUGGACUCUUAUCAACUAAUCUCUCUUUAUUUAAACAUUAUAGAAAAUGAACUGCGCCUUUUCAGUAAUAUUUGUGUUAUCCGAGGCCUAAACGAGAACUAUGGGAGUCACAAAUAUUACAUGAAUAAAGAUGUAAUUUUACCUGAAAAAGGUCAGAAUCUUAGAAAAAUAACGUAUUAUUAAUAGAAUAAAGUAGUGCUGUCAAGCCAUUAAAACAUUUCAUCAAGUUAAUCAUGUCUACUCUGUGAUUAAUCGUGAUUAAUCACAAUCAUGUUUGUUUGGUUUUUACCGGCGCCGCCAUGAGUGGCUGCCUUUCAGGCAGCUAUCUAAUCCCCUGAUCCCUUUAUCUAUUGAAGUACUACAAUUAGCUUGAAUUUUGUUUUUUAGAUAAAAGUAUGGCCUGCGACCCUAAUGAGGAUGAAGCGAUAUAGAAAAUGGAUGGAUGGAUGGAUGGAUGGAUAAAAGUAUGGUUGCUUACUUAGGGCCCUAUGGAUACCCCGCCUGUCGCCCGAAGUCAGCUGGGAUAGGCUCCAGCAUGCCCCCGCGACCCUAAUGAGGAGAAGCGGCAUAGAAAAUGGAUGGAUGGACUUAUUUUAUCACCAUAGAUUGUGUUUACUUUUCUCAGUGAAUAAAAUAUUAAAUAAAUCAACACAUCAUUGGACAAUUUUGUCCAGUAUUCUAACUUUUUCUAACUUUUCAAUGCUACAGAAUCCUCAACAAACGAUCAUAUCUGUGUUUGUGGUUAAAGAAGAUGUAGUUGCAGAUGCAACUGCUAUCGUUUUAUUAAUGUAAGCUACUUUUUAAGACACCCUUAUUUUAUUACCACGAUUACAGGAUGUGUGCUGCUCUUAUUUUGAAGGCCGGAAGUAUGGCGUGUGUGUGUGUGGAAAAUGUACUUGGACUGUUGCUAAGUGAGAUAGCUGGCCUGGGAGCCUCUUGCAGCCGUCAGAGGGCAUGGGCAUCCUAAAUUACCUAAAUUACAUUACCUAAAACACAGUCAUGUGACAAAAUUUUGAGGCUGUAAUUAAAAUCAAGAUGUAACUAGAAUAGAGUCUUACAUUUUUGUUAUUUUUUGUGAAUAAGUUAAAAUAAAUUUAGCAAGAAAAGCUAAUAACUCUAUGAAAAUACAGCUGUAUUACUCAGAGAAAAAGUUGCAAUAUUGUAUAAAUGUAUUUUAUGUGAAACAUUUUUUUUGAUUCUGAAAAAUAUAUACAUUGCAAGAAAGGAAUUGUCAU